AUGAAUAACGAAGGUUCCAGCUCUAGUGAUGAAUCUAAGCAUUCUGAUGAGCCUGUACCACUUGCUAUGGCGGUAGAAGUAAAUACACUUCCUGUUUUGGCCUCGACCGUAACAACGCUGGAUUUACUAUCAGAAGAAGAGACUGUUGAACCUCCAGGCUUGACGUACAAAAGAAAAUCGUAUCUUUAUAACAAGAUGCGUGAAUUUGUAAGUGAAGAAUCUAAAGACAUUUUAUGCCCGAAACCCAUUGCAAAUGUUAACGAACUAAGCUCCUCUAGCAAUUCUAGCAUUUCAACAUUGCCAACAACAUCUGUCGACUACUCUUUUCAGAAACAAAUAACUGAAAAGAGUACUCGACAAAAACCAACAUGUUCGUACUGCAAACAGAUUGGUCAUAGGAAUCAGGUACGAGAAGGAAUUUAUUUUUGUAGAAAACGUAACUUAGAUUCCCAAACAGAAUAA